GGUGUGUAUUUAUCAACUCCACCCGGAAUUGCGGCCUGUCUACAUACUGCCUCUACAGAACAGCACUGUGCUAUUAACAACACGGAACAGAUUUCAGAGAUCAUGGAUCUUUCAGAUGCCCUCGAUUUUUCACAGCCAAGCAACCAGCAGGCAGGGAACCCAGUAUGGCCUGGCCAACCAGCCAACCCCAUCUGGCCCGGCCAGCCUGCUAACCCCGCCUUGCCUGGCCAACCAGCCAAUCCUGGCUGGCCUGGCCAGCCUGCUAACCCCGCUUGGCCUGGACAGCCUGCUAACCCUGCCUGGCCUGGCCAACCAGCCAACCCUGCCUGGCCUGGGCAGCCAAGCCAACCAACAUGGCCUGGACAGCCCGGGCAGCCUACAGCUCCUGGCUGGCCUGCACCUGCACCACAAACUGGCCCUUAUGGUGCUCCUAAUCAAACUCCAAUAGCACUACCUGUGCCAUUUGAUCUCCCACUACUUAGUGGAGCCUUUAACAAGAUGCUCAUCACCGUCAAUGGAGAGGUCAAACCCAACGCUAAAGGUUUCACAAUUAAUUUUAAUAGAGGCAAUGACAUUGCCUUUCAUUUAAACCCACGCUUCAAUGAAAGUGGAAAGCAAGUGAUUGUGCGAAACAGCAUGAUUGGAAACCAAUGGGGUAAAGAAGAGCGAGAGCUUCCCUCCUUCCCUUUUGCCCCAGGAAAGCCUUUUGAGAUGAAGAUCUUAUGCACUGACACUGAAUUCAAAGUGGCUGUGAACAAGUCACACCUUCUGGAGUUCAAACAUCGGGUCCGUGAGCUCAACCAGAUCAGAGGUCUUAGUAUCUUCAAUGAUGUCACGCUCAGUUCUGUAAAUGUGGAGACACUGCAGUGAAAUCAUACCACUGAUUCUGUAAUGCUUUCAUGUCUUUUGACAAUGAAAUGUGCCUAUAUAUGUCUUUUGACAAUGAUUAAUACCUAUUCAACCACAUGUGCAAGUUAUUUUACCUCUAUUUUUUUAAAACGCUAUGUAUGUCAACAAGAGUAUAUAUUUACUACAAAUGUUAGAGUGAUAUACAUCUGCAUGCAAAUUUUUCUCAAUGCUGUAGUUCGCUUUGGUACCUCUAGGUGGGUCUGUUACUAUCUGGGUUGU